CGGGCUUGCUUCCUUCAGUGGUUUGACAGCGAGCUAGUUAGCCUCACUUCUCUGCUCUCUCACUGACCUCCGCUCCCCAAGAUGGCUGGUGUUCGAGCCCUUGGUGUUCUUGCUAGAUUCCCAUCAAGGAGAUACGCUCUCUUCACAGGUGGUACAUCUCGCACCUUCUCAGUAGCUCCUGCAAUGCUAGCCCGGACCCAUGUGAGCUAUGAAGUCAAGGACGAUGUGGCUGUUGUACGGAUCAACGACCCAAACUCCAAGGUCAACACACUGUCCAUCCAAAUGCAAAGGGAGAUGGGAGAAGUAAUGCAAGAAGUGUGGGCCAACGAUGAUGUUAAAAGUGCUGUACUCAUCUCCUCAAAGCCGGGGUGCUUCAUCGCAGGAGCUGAUAUCAAUAUGAUUUCGGCCUGCAAAAGUGCAGAGGAGGUCACAGCACUUUCUCAGGAAGGGCAGAAGAUGUUCAACAUGAUCGAGAAAUCGCCUAAACCCAUUGUGGCGGCCAUCAACGGCUCUUGCUUAGGGGGAGGCUUGGAGUUUGCCAUCGCCUGCCAGUACAGAAUUGCAACAAAGAGUAAGAAAACCAUUCUGGGUACUCCUGAGGUGAUGCUGGGUCUUCUGCCUGGGGCUGGCGGCACUCAGAGACUCCCCAGAAUGGUUGGUCUCCCCAAUGCCUUUGACAUGAUGCUGACAGGGAGAAAUAUCAGAGCGGAUAAAGCAAAGAAGAUGGGCCUCGUCCACCAACUCGUAGACCCACUAGGACCUGGGCUGAAGAAUCCUGAGGAGAGAACGAUGGACUACCUUGAGGAAGUUGCCAUUCAAUGUGCCAGAGGGAUCGUCAACAAGACGAUUCCUCUGAGCAAAAAGAAAGGCACUAUGGAGAAAGUUCAAGACUACGUUAUGAGCUUUGAGUUUGUGCGGAACCAGAUUUACAAAACUGUUCACGGGAAAGUGAUGAAGCAGAGCAAGGGACUCUAUCCUGCACCCCUGAAAAUCAUUGAAUCUGCGAAGACAGGAAUAGAACAAGGCCCCGAUGCUGGAUACUUAGCUGAGGCUCAGAAUUUCGGUCAGCUGGCACAAACCUCAGAAUCGGCAGCCCUGAUCGGUCUGUACCACGGUCAAGUUGCGUGCAAGAAGAACCGCUUUGGAACUCCUGAAAAAGAAGUGAAGAAACUGGCCAUCUUGGGGGCAGGUCUGAUGGGAGCAGGUGUUGCACAGGUGACAGUGGACAAAGGUGUGCACACGGUGCUGAAGGACACCACUCUGACUGGACUGGCCAGGGGAGAGCAGCAGGUUUACAAAGGGCUCAACGACAAGACCAGAAAGAGGGCCAUCACAACAUUUGAGAGGGACUCCAUUCUGUCCAACCUGUCCGGCCAGCUGGAUUACAGCGGCUUUGAAAAGGCCGACAUGGUCAUUGAAGCCGUGUUUGAAGACAUCAACAUCAAGCAUGCCGUCCUGAAGGAGGUGGAGGCUGUGAUUUCCCCUCACUGCAUUUUUGCCACCAACACGUCUGCUCUGCCCAUCAAGGACAUCGCUGCUGUCAGCAAGAGACCAGACAAGGUGAUUGGGAUGCACUACUUCUCUCCAGUGGACAAGAUGCAGCUCCUGGAGAUUAUUACCACUGAUCAGACGUCAAAGGACACGACAGCCUCUGCUGUGGCCGUCGGCCUGAAGCAGGGCAAAGUCAUCAUCGUUGUUGGGGAUGGACCUGGUUUCUACACAACAAGGUGUCUGGCUCCCAUGUUGGCGGAAGCAGUUCGAGUGCUUCAGGAAGGACAUGACCCCAAGAAGUUAGAUGCUCUCACCACAAGCUUUGGGUUCCCGGUGGGUGCCGCCACGCUGGCUGAUGAAGUCGGUAUCGACGUCGCCGCCCAUGUGGCCGAGGACCUGGGCAAAGCUUUCGGCUCCCGCUUUGGGGGUGGGAACGUGGAGGUUCUGAAGACCAUGGUGGAAAAGGGAUUCAAGGGCCGCAAAUCGGGAAAGGGUUGCUACGUCUACCAGCCAGGACUCAAGACCAAAGAUGUGAACCCAGAUAUUGGAGAUAUUCUUGAGCAAUUCAAGCUGACACCAAAUCCUACUGUUUCAUCCGACUCUGAUGUGCAGUUCAGGCUGGUUUCCCGGUUCGUCAACGAGGCGGUGAUGUGUUUGCAGGAGGGCAUUUUGAAUGGCCCUCUGGAAGGAGACAUCGGGGCCGUGUUUGGGCUCGGAUUCCCCCCCUGCCUCGGAGGACCUUUCCGUUUCGUGGACAGCUUUGGUGCCGAUAAGCUGGUGGAGAAGAUGAGGCGUUUUGAAUCCGUCUACGGGAAUCACUUCACACCGUGCCAGCUCCUCCUCGAUCACGCAAAGGAUCCUAGCAAGAAGUUCUUCAACUGACCGACUCACCGUGUGUGCCAGUAGCUGUUAAUAGUCCUCCAGUAUGCCGCUAGAAUGUGCCUAACAUUUAUACCACGAGUGGAGGGGCAAACAUACUGAAAUGCACUCAUGUUGUCAGUGUAUUAGGUACACUUAAGUAAAAUCAAUGCAGCAGUCCUACGCCUCAACAGACACCUAACAUUAUAAAAUUGUACAAUUUAUCACAGGGCUGUUGUUAUCAUCUUAGUUUUAGCUGGUGAACCUAAUAAAGUGGCCACUGAAUGUGUUACGUCAGCAACAUUGGAUGUUUUUUUGUACUUUAACAUUAUUGAUUUACCUGAUGAUAAUGUAUAAAUUAAGGAGGCUUAUUCACACAUUGUGGAUGUGAAAUAAUAAAAAUAUUUUCCAAAUGUG